AUGUUCGGACGACGUAGGAGGACAUCCGAUUCAACGACCGGAACUUUGGACCACGACAGCCACGCCUAUACCAAUGAGCUCAAUGUUCUCAAGAAAUUCGACCGGUCGCUAAAAGAUGCGGAUGCGCUACAAACUUUCGUUUUGGAGGAUGCGACGAUUUACGACAGGGCAGGCAGGACCGUCGAGCUAUUUACCGUCGGGACCAAAGGCCCCUUCACUGUUCGCGGCCGCGUCCUAAUUGACGGCGAGCAAAAGAAAAGAGCCAAGAACCCCGCCACGAAGUCCGCGUUGAUCGAGACCAAGUUGUGCACUAGAUAUGCUAUCGGCAGUAUCGACAGCGAGGUCGUCACAUAUGGCGCUUGGGCUGGCGGCGAAUGCGGCUGGUAUGAAAUUCAACCGCCUUCCGCCCUGUACAGGCCGAUCUUCGAUCACACGAUUGAAGGCAUUUCGAUUUACUACGGCAUAAUGAUGGCGAUCGAGGAACACCAGAAGGACACCGAGUCUGGAAAGAAAGGCAAGAAGAGGGGAAGGAAGGCGUCACCGAAAGAGCUCACAAUAGAGACUCUGCUCUUCAAGUACGCCGUAGCCGUGGGUGAUGGCGCAACAUAUGACGAGGUUGUGUCGCGCUGCGAUGAACACGCUCCCUUCCUCAUCUCUCACUUCUACGAGGAUAGCCCAAAUUUUGACUGGUCUCCAACCGUAUUCUUCAAGUGGAUGGUAGGACGACAUCGUGACAUUCAUACAACCGUCUUGGAGUCCAGAAAGAAAAAGGCAGCAAACGCGGCUAUCAAGGAAGAGCUCCCGGAAGAGACGGAGAGCAUUGCCCCGCCUGUCGCAUCUGAUGAGCCCCCUGCGCAGAAAGCCCUUUCGAAAAGACGACAACGUUCCAGACCGGAUGUUGGCGUUGCCAGUGAUGAUGUCGACACUCCCGACGUCAGCAAUACCUCUCAGGUCAGCAUCAGAUCCAGGUCUAGGGCCAAGACACAGGCACAAUCACGAAGUCCCCCGUCGACAUCUCCCGCAGUGACCCAAGCAGCGUCUGUUGAGGCAAUGGAUGUUGACGCCGUGCCUCUAACGCUGCCCCAACGACCGGCGCAGAACCAACCCUCAGGCGAACAGUCAAACAUUGACUUGAUCUUGCAAGCCCUUGAGGAGCUCCGGCCAGAACUGGAACCUCUAAGCAAAAGCUCGCUCUCAAAGGUCUCGUCGAAGAUUUACUACAGACACAGCAUCAAGCACUACAAGGGCUCAUCCGAGAUAUUGAGCUACUAUGCCCAGGAGCUUCUGGAACGCUUGGAUGAGGAUGCGUGGGGUGGUUCCAAGUUCUGGGGGGAACUGCAAGACAUCGCCGCUGGUCCUCGCAAGCAACUUGAGAAUAUCUCACUGGAGCAAGUACCAAGUCAGCUAACACGCCGUAAGGCGAAGACUGUGAAGGCUGAACUCAACGAACCACGCGACAUGGCAGCACUCGCAACUCCCCCACCCAAGCGUGUUGGGCGUCCGGCAGGCAAGAUGUCAGCCCUUCGUCUAGUCGGUAGCAAGGGAAGCAAACGAAGGUUCGACUCCACAGACGGAACGCCCGACACCGUUUCUCGAGGGUCCAAGGCAGCCAAGAUCUCUCAUCCCGAUGACUCGGAAAACGACGAGGGAAUGGAAGAUGAUAACGUGGAUGACGGCGCUAGCAGCUCCAUCGACGACGAUUCCGAGAUUGAUACGAACGGCUCGCCUAGUGCUUUGAAGGUGGUUGUUCGAGCAGAGAACCUCCCAACAACCGACGCGAAAGGACCCAACGGCACCUGGGUUUGCGAUGAAGAAGGCUGCGGGUUCUUAGUGCGCAACGCUGAACAGGACGAAGGACGCGAGCGGAUUCAAGAACACAUCCAGGAGGCGCACUACGAGGACGAAAACCGAGACGCGCGCAUCGAUCUGGCAGUGACUGAGGGCGUUAAGAACCACCUUCCCAUUGACCACCUGCUCGAGAAGAUCCGUCAAAUGGGCGAACGGGUCCUCAAGAAAGAAGAGACUACCAUCGACGAGGUCCCCGUGCCCCAGCCGAUCAAACGUAGGCUAAUAUCAUGA